AUGUUUGGAUUUUGGAUUCUGGCCCUGUUUCUGCUCAGCGCAGCAGAAGGCAAAGAAGUCUGCUAUGAUAGGCUUGGGUGCUUCACAGAUGAUGCGCCAUGGUCUGGGACUGUAGAAAGGCCAAUCUACAAAUUACCCUGGAAACCAGAGAGUGUGGACACCCAUUUCCUCCUGUACACUAAAGAGAACCCUGACAACUUUCAAGAGGUGUCUGCUGUUAAUAAGGCAACACUCAAGGCCUCAAAUUUUAAAGCAAACAGGAAGACCAGAUUUAUUGUACAUGGAUUUGUAGACAAGGGAGAAGAAAACUGGCUGUCAGACAUGUGCAAGAGGAUGCUUACUGUGGAAGAUGUGAACUGCAUCUGUGUGAGCUGGAAGAGAGGUGCAAGGUGUCAGUACACCCAGGCAGCCAACAACGUCCGCGUCGUGGGCGCCGAAAUCGCUUACUUUAUCAAUGUCCUCAUGGAAGACUACGGGUACUCCCCGGCAGAUGUUCACAUCAUCGGGCACAGCCUGGGAGCUCACGUUGCUGGCGAGGCCGGCCGGAGGCGCCCGGGCAUCGGCAGAAUCACCGGACUGGACCCUGCCCAACCUUAUUUCCAAGGCACUCCAAUUGAAGUCAGACUGGAUAAAUCUGAUGCAGAAUUUGUUGACGUUAUCCACACAGACACAGCUCCCACAAUCCCCAACUUAGGUUUUGGCAUGCGCCCAGCCAUAGGACAUCUCGACUUUUAUCCAAACGGAGGAGUGGAGAUGCCCGGGUGUGACAAGAACCCUGUUUCACAGAUCGUAGACCUCGAUGGCAUCUGGGAAGGAACUCGGGACUUCGUGGCUUGCAAUCACUUGCGGAGUUACAAGUAUUACUCGGACAGUAUCAUCUACCCUGACGGAUUUUUAGGCUAUACUUGUGCUUCAUAUGAUCUUUUUCAAAAAGGAAGCUGUUUCCCAUGCCCCGCAGAGGGAUGCCCAAAUAUGGGUCACUAUGCUGACAAAUUCAAGGACAAGAUUAAGAGCGAAUUCACAAAACUUUACCUGAAUACUGGAGAGGCCAGGGAUUUUCCUCUUUGGAGGUACAAAGUGUCCGUGACCCUCUCUGGAAAGAGCAAAGUAACAGGACGGGUAAAUGUUGCCCUGUAUGGCAAUAGUCGGAACACAAAGCAGCACCAGAUCAUCAAGGGUACCCUCCAACCAGGCAACACUUACACAGCCUACAUUGAUGCCGAAGUUAAUGUAGGAGAAAUCAGCAAGGUUAAGUUCCUUUGGAACAACAACGUGAUAAACCCAUCUCUUCCUAAACUGGGAGCUGCUACUGUCACUGUAGAAGCUGGGCAAAAUGGAAAAGAGUACCGUUUCUGUGGCUCUGAGACCGUGAGGGAGGAUGUCCUGCAGACCCUGACUGCUUGCUAAGAGCACAUUUGCAUCCCCAAAUCCUUGCUACCAAUAAAAGCUACUCAUACAUAAAACACUGG